GUUUGUACGUCACCAUUUGCUUCUUUGCUCUCUUUGCAGACGACAGAGAUGGCCUCUGCACAUGACAGAGCUGUACUGCAGGCUAUAUUCAACCCCACCAGCCCCUUUGGAGACAUCCAUGACCAGAACCAAGAGGAGGAAUUAAUUGAUGACGACAGUGGCUUUGACACAGAGUUGCUGAGGCAAGCGAAAGAGUUGGAGGUGCGGGGUGUCUCGGCAGCUGAGGCUGGGGAUUUGCAAGCUGCACUGCAACUGUUCAGCCAGGCAAUCCAGAUCCUGCCUCAGCGGGCCUCAGCCUAUAACAACCGGGCACAGGCCCUGCGGCUGCAGGGGAACACAGCAGGGGCCCUGGGGGACCUGGACCGAGCCGUCACUUUGAGCGGCAGUGCCGGACGAACUGCGUGCCAGGCGCUGGUGCAGAGGGGCCUUCUACGCAGACUGGCAUGCCGGGGCGAGGAAGCCCGGGCAGAUUUUGAAGAAGCGGCUGCACUCGGAAGUGAAUUCGCUCGACAGCAGGCCGUGGCUCUUAAUCCGUACGCGGCCCUGUGCAACAACAUGCUGUCGGAGGUCAUCAACAAACUACGGAACCCGGAAGCGUCCGAGAUACUGUAGUUUACAGUUUGUUGCUUUUACACCUUUGAUGCUUUCAAGUCGGCAGUAAAUAAAAGAACAUGUUAUAGUU